AUGUUGCUUUAACCACAGAAGAUUUUUUAUAAAUUUGAAAGGCUAAUUUAAGAGUUUUUCGGAAAACUGAAAGAAAAACAUCAAUCAUAUACAGAUUAUUUUUCUAAUAUAGAAAAUCCAUCUAAUGACCCUAAUAUAACUAAAAAUGGUGAUCCAAAAAUAGAUGACAUAAAGUCCAUGAUGCUUCUGUUAGAAAAUAUAAGAAGCUUGUUUUUCUAUGAAGGAGUGAAUUAAUCUAAUAUUUUGUCAUAACAAAAUAGUUUAAUUAUUAAAAGUAAGAAUUCCAACUAAGAUUCAAUUCUAAGAGAUGGGAAAGAAUGUUAAGGGUGUAUUCGAAGACAAUUAUAUAUAUCCUGUUUAUUGGAAAAAUAUUUGAACGGUUUGUAAGAAUCCAAAAGUAAAGUGGAAGAUGAGAAAUAAAAAAUUAGAACAGAACUUGAAAAUCUUCAGAAAGAAAUUAAAGAUGAAUAAUUAAACAAUAUAAAUAUGAAAACAAUCAAUAUAAAAAUAGAGGGUAUUUUAAAUUAAUAAGGAAUUAAUGAAUUAAGUGUUUUAUAAUUUAGUUGUAUAGCUUAAAAAGAGGAUGAAGAAUCUCAAAAUUCAGUGCUAUAAUUUUUGGAUCAAAAAAUUAUUUACAAUGAAAGAAACCAGAUAAAUUAAUCUGAAAAAUGUUAAGCUUUGUGCUUCAAUAAGGAUGAUAAAUUAAUUGCCACUGCAAAACAUAAUGAAAUAGUUCUUUGGACCUUUUAAGAAGGCAAAAUGGAUAAAAUUAAUGGGAAUACGAUGAGACAUAAGGGUGAAAUAAGUUGUCUCCUUUUUGAUAAGGAUUCAGAUAUCCUUAUAUCUGGAGGAGGAGAUUUUGAUUGUUAAAUCAAAAUUUGGGAGUGUACUGGAUAAAUGAAAUGGAAAUUAUAGAAGGAAACUUAAAAAUUGGAUGGAGGUGUGAAAGCCAUGCUUUUGAAUAAAAAGAGAGAUAAAUUAUUUAUAGGAACUUAGAAAGGAUAAAUUGCAAUUUUUGAAGUCAAUUUUGAAACCUCAACACUAGGAUAACCUAAAAUUCAACAAAUUAAUCAAAAUUCAACAUCCAUAUUUGGACUUAGUCUCAACGAAGAUGAAAAAUAUUUAGUUUCAUGUGGACAGGAUUGCUACUUAAGAUUGUUUUCACUUGAUUAGGGAUUAAUAUAAUUAAUUAAGAAAAAUGUUCAUCUUUUGGUAUGA